AUGGCUUCUGUGAAUCUUCUGGCACAUGAUGAAGCAGCAGAGAGAACUGCUCAAGCAGCCACAGAUUCUAUCUCUGCCUCCGCGUCACAGCCUGACCGUAGCCCAACUUCUCCAAUGGCCUCCUCUCCGCCGCAAUCCCUCGGGCCUGCAUUCGAUGAUACCAUAUCCUCUUAUACCCAUAAUCAACCUAUAUAUAUAGGCGGUGAUGAUGACGACGAAUUUGGCAGUCAUAUUGAUGAAAUAGACACAAAUGAUGAUGACGAUGAUACCCAGGAAUUUCCUCCUAAGCAAACAAGCAUCGAGUACGACGAUCUUACCACCACCACUACCCAUAAUAAUACAAAUUUGGGAAACAUAGACCGACAGAUUUCUUUUCUGACCCCUCAAAGUGACGACUUGGCCGGCCAUGUUAUCAACUUCCCCAAUGGAAAUUCCUCAUCCGCUUUCCCAAACCUUUCGGCAGUAGACGAAGCCCUUCCUCCAGAAUUGGCCCCAGACCUUGGCCCAGACCUCGGAACAGAGUUGGAAACUUCGGGACUAACAGGAGACGAACUAGAUACAGCUAUAAUCCCACGCAGCUCGUCACCAACUAAGAAAUCAAAGUCUCAGGAACGUCGUAACCGCGCAGAAGAAUUUACCGGUGGCGAUAUAAACAUGUUUAAAUAUGUACCCAAUUUUAAUUACAAGUACACUGGCACCGAGGAUUUCAAAGCUGAAAUUGAAGAAUGGUUUCUUUACGAAGAUAAUGAAAUAUUACCAUCUCUUAAAUUCCAGUUUCAAAAAAAUCAUGACAAUGACUGGCGGGAUCUUUCAGUCAACACACAAGAGUCUCUCGUUACAUCCUGGCUUUUCGACUUGAAAUCUACUAACUCAGCAACCCGCCGCAGCGCUCUUUCUUUUCUUUCCUAUGUUGCUCUUGGCUCUUACGCUUCAGUUUCAUCCACUGCAGAUCACAUCGCACAAAUCAAGCUUAAUACCCAUUUUCUUUGGAAGCACAAUGCACUCCCAUCUCUUUAUGCUCUCCUGGUGCAUGAUGUGAAUCUCAAAGUCCCUGCCGAUCUUUACGCAGACGAUGACACACCUUCAAGUGGUAGCGAUGCCGAAAAUGAGCUAAACAUGGAGCUUUUCAGCGUCCUCACAAUCCUCUACUUCACAAUUGAAUCCCACAGACACGAUACUGAAUUUGCUGCAGACCUGUACAAACUUAACAUUCUCCUUUACUUCGUUCAAGCGAUGUCCCGGUUGCGCUGGGGCAUUGAAGGAAACCUUCCACUAAGGCCCAUUUGCCUUGUUUUUUGGAAAACAAUGCUUUGUCUUUUUGGCGAUGAUGACGACCUUGCUCGAGUCAAGUCUUACAUGUACAAAAAAUAUAAUCUUCCAGAAAAUAAUGGCGAAAACACUGAUCUUGUCAUGGCGUCACCAUUGGAUUAUCAUGCAUUUCGCCAAGACAUGAUGUCUAGAUACCCAGCUUACAUCCCUCCGUCCUCACGUCUGCCUCGCAACUUUGACAACUCACGAAGUAUGUCCCACUACAUUGAGGUUCCAAGACCCGUUAUUGCACAGUCUUCCAAUAACGCACUGCCAAUCCCCACAGUGCAUAUUGCCACCCCGGCCCCAUCCCCACCUGCAUCUCCGGCUAUUGCUGCUGGCCAAAAGGUCCGCAAAUCUGUGUUUAUGACUAACCAAAGUUUCCCCUUUAUUCACCCUACAGAAAGCAACAUUCCUCAGAGUAUAGUUGAGGCUAGCGAACUGUUUCACUCGCGCAUUCAUACUACACCCAGCAUGAUGCAGCUUUGGGAUGAACGUGACAAAUUCAUGCAACAAGAGCGCGGAUGGGUUCCAGCACCACGCGAGUAUCAUGAAUUUGAAGAGUCGCAGUACGAAGAACUUAUUUUAGAGCGUGUCGAAGAGUUUUAUGUUUCUGUUCUUGGUGACCUUAACUCAUUUGUUCUUGUUUUACUAAAAUUUCUUUUGGCAAAUGCAUCCUUCUCCUCUUCUGAGAGUCACAUUGAUACCUACCUUUCAGCGAACCAAUAUGCAGGCACAACUUCGCGCGCUAAAGAUAUCGGUCUUCGUGCUGUGUCUGCAUGUAUAUCAGUUCUUGCCAGUUGGUUUAAGAUUUCACACAUCUGCAAGUUUGAGCAUUUGUCUACAUUACUUUUUGACUCACGUUAUCACUUGUUGGUGUUUAAAUACUUUUACUCGCAUGUGCCUUAUGAAAAGGCUUUAGAAAUACUUGACGACCCAAAACUAAACUUUUUUGCCUUUUGUGGAGGGCUCUCGGAUUCUUGGAAUGAAUCCCAAAACGAGCCCGAGAAACCAUCACAAGAAAAGGAAGAAGUCGAUGAAGAGAAUGAAGACGAAUUGUUAUCAUCGGUCACAAUUUAUUCUCGAAGAUACUUUUUCACCACGAUUAAUCUGCUGCGAACCCUGCGCCGCAUUAUACGCAAAAAAACUCAACGAAUUAUUGUUGUUGCCGAAUUGCCUCCAGACACAUUGCGCAAAGCUCUGAGCAUAUAUCAAAAGGAUAUAUGGGAACUCGUUUUAGAAAUAUUCAAAGAGCAGGUGCCUUUUAAUGGGCGCAAGUGGCGGACCACAAAUAUGGACCUGGUGUCUGCAAUUUAUCUUAAUUGUAAGACAAAGUUACGCGACGACUGGUUGCAAAGCGGCGAUUUAAACUCAGAAGCCGAGGAUGCUCAACCCCAGGAGGCGGCUGUGCGUGCACUGAUUCAGUUUUACAAUGAACGGUUACGCAGAGAGUAUGAAGAAAAGGAGAACGGAAACGAUGAUGAUGGUGAUGAUGAUGAUGAUGAUGUCGCGACGGAAAAAGGGGAUGAUGAAGAUGACCUUCCCAGUUUCUUUGCUUUGGAGCUGGACGCUCUUGCAAUUGAUAAUUCAGCAAUGUAA